AUGACAGACUUGAAAUAUAAACGAUAUGAGAAAUCUUUAGGUUUACUUACGACAAAAUUUGUUUCUUUGCUACAAAAGGCGAAGGAUGGUGUUUUGGAUUUGAAAAUUGCUACCAAUUUGUUGGCGGUGAGACAAAAACGGAGAAUAUACGAUAUUACUAAUGUCUUGGAAGGAAUAGGUCUCAUAGAAAAAAGGAGUAAAAACAGUAUACAAUGGAAAGGUGCAGGUCCAGAUUGUAAUACAAAUGAUAUUGGUGAAAAAGUAACACUAUUAAGAAAGCAGGUCAGUCGUUUAGAUGAACAUGAAAGAUUACUCGAUAAACAAUUACAUUGGAUUGAACAAAGUAUAAAGAAUGUAAUGGAUGACACAGAUAAUCAAGACCUUUGUUUUGUAUCGGACAAAGAUAUAAAUACCUGUUUCGAGGAUGAUCAAGUUUUAGUUAUAGAAGCUCCUUUAGGAGCUGCAAUAUCAGGAGGAACUUUGCCUGAAACGGAUAAAGAUCAGAAAUAUUUUUUACAUGUGAAAUCAAAUGAAUCUAUUGGAGUUAUACUUUUAUGUGAUAGUGAAAGUGAAAAGGCUAUGGAUGAAGAGAGCAUAGAAGACAGCGAAGUAAGGAGUUAUACAGACAAAUCAUGUGACACUAUUAAACAGCCUAGCAAUUAUUUACUGAGGCUCAGCCCACCAGCUAGUAAAUACGAUUUCUCAUUUUCCCUACAUGGGACAGAAGGACUAUGCGACUUAUUCGAUUUUCCAUAUUAG